AUGAGGCAAGGGGAGGAGCAGUCCGCCAAUCAAGGCGAAGGGGGCGGGACCGCCGGCCGGCGAAGAGAGGGCGAGAGGGCGGGCGUCAAGCCGCCCGGACGCGCUCCUGCUCUGCUCGCCGGGACGUCGGUCGCGAGCCGCGAGCGCGCUUUUCGGCAGACGCGUCUGUUUUGCGACAGGCUGAGCGUCGGCGUCCUGGAAACCGGCCGCGGCCUCUUCAGUGGGGCGUGGAGGUCGGAGCCGCAGGAGCUGUCUCCCAGGGCCAAAGUGCACAAGCCAAAUAAUGCCCUUUCAAUCCACGUUCAGUGCACUUUGAAAUUUCCCGAUGUUGGGAAUAUGUUUCUUCGCCUGUUUCUUGGCGUGGUGUACACAGGAAGAAAAUGCCCAGAAUUUACGGAUCUUGGUUUAUCCAACGCUCUAAUGGGCACAAAUCUAAGAGUGCAACUUCUUCUGUACACAAGGAAAAACCAAAACUGUUCUGAGAAUCUCAGUGGACAAAACUUAACAACUUCUACGUAUCUAAAUGUGACUAAGAAAAUUAUUUUUGUUAUUCAUGGAUACAGACCUACGGGUUCUCCGCCAGUCUGGAUUGAUGAGAUUAAACACAGUCUGCUUGCAAAAGAAGACAUUAAUAUUAUAAUAGUGGAUUGGAAUCGGGGUGCCACAACUUUGAUGUAUCCUACUGCGGUUUCCAAUACCAGGAAAGUGGCAGAAAUGUUGAAGAACCUUAUUGAUGAAAUGUUGGAAAAUGGAGCCUCUCUUGAUUCUGUUUACAUGAUUGGAGUAAGCCUUGGGGCUCAUAUAGCCGGAUUUGUUGGAAAGGCAUACAGUGGAAAAAUUGGUAGAAUAACAGGGCUUGACCCAGCAGGGCCAUCGUUUAGUGGAAAAGAGGCCACCGAGAGACUGGAUCACACCGAUGCUCUGUUUGUUGAUGUUAUUCAUACGGAUAUUGAUGCUUUGGGUUACAGGAAGCCUUUGGGAAACAUUGACUUCUACCCAAAUGGUGGAACAGAUCAGCCAGGAUGUCCACGGACAAUACUUGGAGGAUCUCAGUAUUUCAAAUGUGACCACCAGAGAUCUGUUUUUUUGUUCAUAUCAUCUUUGGAACAGAAGUGUAACAUAACAGCAUUUCCUUGUGACUCAUAUGCGGGUUAUAGAAAUGGACAGUGUGCAAGCUGUGAUGCUUUUAACCCCUUUCCGUGUCCAACAUUGGGUUAUUAUGCUGAUAAAUGGAAGAAUCAUUUAAUUGAAAAGAACCCCCCUGUGACAAAAGCUUACUUUGACACUUCAGACAAAAAGCCUUUCUGCAUGUAUCAUUACCUUCUGGAUAUCGUUACCUGGAACAAAAACAGUAGGAGAGGUUUUAUAAGAAUCCAGAUAGCAGAUAACACAGGAAAUAUAACAGAAUCCAAAAUAAACAGUGAUACAGCAGUAUUUCACCAAUAUAGACAAGCCAAGAUCCUGGCUGGAUUUUAUCUGGAUUUUAACAGUGUAUCAAAAAUUACCUUGACAUUUUCGACAAAGAAUGUGGUAGGACCAAAGUACAAGCUUAGGGUCCUCCAAAUGAGAUUAAGAUCCCUGUCAGACACAGAAAGGUUCCAGCUAUGCAGAUAUGAUUUUAUACUGCUGGAAAAUAUUGAAACCAGCUUCAGGCCUAUUCCAUGCUAUGAAAUGGAUGGGUGA